AUGCAAGUGAAGUCUUCCAUCGCUCUUGCUCUCACUGCAGUGGCUCCCGCAGUCUUGGCCGCAGGGAACUCCACCGCCAGCGUCGCCUCCGGGUGCAGCAUCGGGGCCAAGGCCACCGCUACCUCCCAGGCCGACCUGGACAAGCUGGCUGGGUGUCCCGUGAUCGUCGGUAACUUAACCAUCACGGGUGACUUGGGGUCCGCCGCUCUCGCGAACGUCGAGGAGAUCGACGGGUCGUUGACCAUCAAGAACGCCACGUCGCUGUCCAACUUCGCCGCCGACAAAGUCAAGAAGAUCACGGGUUCCCUGUCCAUGCAGGACUUGACCAUCUUGACGGGGGCCUCCUUCGGGUCCUUGGAGGAAGUCGACACCAUCAGCAUGGUCACCCUGCCAGCAAUCUCGACUUUCGGGUCCAACAUCCAGAGUGCUAACAAUAUUCUGAUCUCAGACACCUCUCUGGAGACCGUCGACGGGUUCGCUACUUUGAAGAAAGUCAGCGAGUUGAACAUCAACAACAACAGGUACUUGACCUCCUUCGAUUCCUCGCUAGAGACCGUCGCCAGCUCUUUGCAGUUCUCGUUCAACGGUGAAGCAGCUCAAGUCGCCUUCAACCAGCUGCUAUGGGCAAACAACAUCACCUUGAGAGACGUGCAAAGCGCUUCCUUCUCCAAGUUGCAAACCGUCAACGCCUCCCUCGGGUUCAUCAACAACUCGAUCUCCAACUUGACUCUGUCCAAAUUGACUAAAGUCGGCCAGACUUUCUUCCUGACCUCCAACGACCAAUUGACCACCGUCAAGGCAUCAAACUUGACCUCCAUCGGUGGUGGUUUCGUCAUCGCUAACAACACCAAGUUGAGAAACAUCGACGGUUUCAAAGAAGUGGCUACCGUUGGCGGUGCCAUCAUCGUCACGGGUAACUACACAGAAUUGGACUUGCCAGCUUUGAAAUCUGUCAGAGGUGACGCCACUUUCCAAACCUCCUCAGGUAACUUCAGCUGUGACCCAUUCAAAAAACUACAGAGCAAGGGUGCUAUCCAGGGUGACUCCUUCUCUUGUAAGAACGGCGCCAAGUCUUCCUCCAUCUCCUCAAAGAGCUCCGUUGUGUCCUCCUCUACCAAGACAUCCUCUUCAAGCAAGAGCUCCGCCUCCGAUAGUGCUUCCACUUCCGCUGCCAACGCAGCUGCCUCUGUCAGUGGUGUGUCCUCCAGCUCGUCAGCCUCCAAGAAAUCCAAGGGUGCUGCCGUCGCUCAAGUCGCUCCAGCAUCCAGCUUCAUGGGCGCUCUAGCUGCUGUGGCCGUGGCUUUGCUAUAG